UAAUUACGUAGUACUUCACUACGCUACGCAACGUGUCCCUGUUCUGUUGACUGGGAAGCCCCUAGCGCGGAGCUGCCAACGCCCGGCGUAAAGACACAAAUAGAGGAUACGAUCUUGAAUGAGUAGCGAAGACUGUAAAACACAGCUAUGCAGACCAUCAAGUGUGUUGUAGUUGGGGACGGUGCUGUGGGUAAAACCUGCCUGCUCAUCUCUUACACCACAAACAAGUUUCCCUCUGAAUAUGUACCUACGGUGUUUGAUAACUAUGCUGUAACUGUAAUGAUUGGAGGCGAGCCCUACACUCUGGGCUUGUUUGAUACAGCAGGUCAGGAAGACUACGACAGGUUACGACCUCUGAGUUAUCCUCAGACAGAUGUCUUCCUGGUCUGUUUCUCUGUUGUGUCUCCCUCCUCCUUUGAAAACGUUAAAGAAAAGUGGGUUCCAGAGAUCACCCAUCACUGUCCAAAGACCCCCUUCCUCCUAGUUGGGACUCAGAUUGACUUGCGGGAUGACCCCUCAACUAUAGAGAAGCUGGCCAAGAACAAGCAAAAGCCUAUCACUCCGGAGACAGCUGAGAAGCUGGCGAGAGACCUCAAGGCUGUGAAAUAUGUGGAGUGCUCAGCCCUCACACAGCGAGGGCUGAAGAAUGUAUUUGACGAAGCUAUCCUAGCUGCCCUAGAGCCACCCGAGACGCAGAGAAAGAGGAAAUGCUGUAUAUUUUAAAAUCUCUGUGCCACUCAUCUCAUCUCCUCCUCUGAUUGCCAUUAUUCUCUGCAUUUUUCAUUCCUUCACCCCAUCUCUUUCCUGUCCUCUCCUCCCCUCGAUCUCUUAACAUGUGCUGCUUUUUAAAUCUAAACGAGUCUCAAUCUCAGCCAUCAAACUAACCAAGUAGUCUUUCUGAUACCGGUAACUCCCAAUACAAACUACUACUCUGUAGUGCACUACAACUAACCUCUGUGUUGUGGCCUAAUUAACUCAAGGCCUCACUGCACUUCAAUGACUUGUUGACUUUUUCUAACCUGUAACAGCUGAUAUUUGGUUUGUUUGGUGUGGUAAUGAACUUCAUAUCUUAUUCUGGAGUGGUUUACAUCCGUUCAGUUUUACAUCACAGGUUUUGUACGUCAUCACUGUAACAUUUUUAGUUUUCCUAUUUUAGCCCAGUGCUCAUUAAUGUGGCCAACAGUAGAGCUGUAUCUUACAGAGGAUGUAGGAUGUAAUUUGGGAUGUAGCCAUUGUUUGUUAGUUCUUCCCCUCUGUCCUGUAGUAGUAGUUUACGUGGGGAAGGUCUGGACUACAGCGAGGAUGGUGGCUUUACAUGGCUCCACACUGAGAUUGAUCUCAACACUAAACAGAGCUUCCAUUUCUAAUGCUCAUGUAUUUUUUGUACAACUGUUGAUGUCCGAUUAAACAGAACUUGAGUCUGACUGUGGUUGGUAUACUUGCAUAUACGCUGCAUUCAGAAAAUGUUCACACCCUUCACUUUUCUCGUAUAUUGUUCUGUUGCAGCCUUUAUGCUAAAAUUGUUGCAAUUCAUUUUGAAAACAGAAUUUUUGAAUUUUUUUCAAAUUCAUUAAAACGGAAACACUGAAAUCUCACAUUGACAUAAGUAUUCAGACCCUUUGCUAUGACACUUGAAAUUUAGCUCAAGUUCCUCCCAUUUCUUUUGAUCAUCUUUGAGAUGUUUCUACACCUGUAGUCAAUUGAAAUGAUUGGACAUGGAAAGGCACACACUCGUCUAUUUAAGGUCUCACAGCUAUUCUUAUGUUUCAAAUACAUUGGCCAGAAAUGGCCAUCAAACAGGCUGGGGGUGUCUGGCAUCACAUAGUUCCUACAGCACCUCCUCUAUUUGCAUUCUUCAUAUGGGAUGGAAAAAAAGCAAAGUUGGUUCAGCAUGUCGAUCAAAGGUCUGUAGGUGUAAAGCAAGAAGUCCUCCCCAAUAAGGAUGUGAGUCUCCUCCUCCUUAUGGUCAGAUUUUGGUCUCUGGUGUCUUGGUUUGUGUUGAGGCACAGACGAAACAUUUCUGCUGCAUACAUGAUUCCCAAGAACACAGUGGCCUCCGUAAUUCAUUAAUGGAAGAAGUUUGGAACACGUCCAGAGAUCCUGUGGAGAUGGGAGAACCUUCUAGGACAACCAUCACUGCAGUACCACACUGAUCUGGGCUUUAUGGCAGAGUGGCCAGACAGAAGCCUCUGCUCAGUGAAAGACGCAUGAAAGCUGCUUGGUGUUUGUAAUAAUAAUCUUAAUAACUCUCAGACUAGGGCUGAACGAUUUGGGAAAAUAAUCAAAUUGCGAUUUAUUUUUUAAAAUUUUUUAACAAUAUUGUGAUUGCGAUUUGAUAUGCGAUUAUUUUUUGUGAUUAGUUCCUUAUCUUCCGUAUUAUUCAACAAACACAGGCGAUCAUUCUAUAUUAUGACUAACACAAUAUUAGAUGGAUUAAACAUAAACUGUUCUUUGCUGUUGGCCAGGCCUGUAUGUCAUGAUUAAAUUAGAGGGUGCAUGGAUUGAUAUGAAUGACAUAUUUCUAUUUCACAAAUUUACAGCCUUGUAAGCAUGUAAUAAUUAUCAUGACAACAUAACAAAGCACUGCCAAAUAAGCCUGGUGUAAACAUUAAUCUGAAAGUCAGUAACAAAUCACUGUUACGGCUUGACCACAUGUCAGUUGUAGUAAGGAAAAACUCAGCCGUAUUCAGCUCCACUGCGACUCUCAGCUUGUAUUUUUUAAACAGCAUGGCAACCUGGCUAAAAUAUGAGUGGGAGGGUACGCUGUACCGCUUAUCCAGUGAAUUUAUCAAAUCUGUAAACCCAGGCUUGGUCACCGUGCUGAGAGGCAUCUUUCCCUAUGAACUCUGUUAUUGCCUGAGUAAUUUCCCUGUGCCAGAGUAAUGCUUUCAAACAUUUCGGUCAGUGAUCCUUGGCGGGUGGUAUUUGGCUUACUUGACACACUGGUGGGCGGCAUUUUAGCAAUGCAACUAUCGUACAUGGCUCUGGUGUUUUUUUUAAGUGCUGAUUAGGGUUGCACGGUAUACCGGUACCAGUAUAGUACCGCGAUACUAGAGUUUUGAAAACGGUACUAUACCGGCAUUUAAAAACAAACGGUACUUUUAUUUCAUUUUAUUGAAUGCAAAUGAAUUGGUAAAUUGGAGCCUGUCUCUUUAAGCACAGCGAGGCCAGCGAGUGUGACGUAGUUGCCCGAGAGGAUGUAAGCCGCGUCCCACGCGCACUCGCAUGUUUAGACUGAGGAGGAGAGAGAAACGACAAGUCGCGUCUUAGACAGACGGAGCGGGUUGAAGAAAAUACAGUAGAUAGAGAUGGCAGCUGCAGAAAAGCCCAUACUUGUGGUCAAAAUGGGGGCCCGAAGUUCGGUGUGGAAAUAUUUCGGGUUCAAACCGAACGAUAAAGGCGAGCCACUGAACCCAGAGGCACCGCAGUGCAAGCGGUGCUACAAAGUGUGUCUCGCAGAAGGAGCCAACACUUCAAACCUGUCGAAACAUUUAAAGGACAACCAUGCGGACUUGUUCCGAGACUUCAGUCAAGAACGACAGGUGAUAAUGUUGUUCACCUGUUCACUGCACUGUAAUGUCAAUGAAAGAAGUACAAAGCCCCUCCCAGCCCGGUAGUAAACCUACAGUAGCCUGCAAACAGAGAGCUAAAACAUGUCCAUGGUUAAUAAAUACAUUAAAAAAUAUAUUUUUAAAAAUUAAAUUACAUUCUUUAAAUAUUUAAAUAACCCAUUAAGGCAAUACAUAAUAUAAUGAAAUAUUUUUUACAAAAAGUAUCGAAAAGUAUCAAAGUAUCGAAAUACAUAUUGGUAUCGGUAUCGAAACAGAAAUUUGGUAUCGUGACAACCCUAGUGCUGAUACAGGUUAGUAGUGUUGCCCCGUGAGUUCGCAAUGGUAGGCUGGUUUUGCACAAUACCUGACGUUGUGCAGCAUCUUCCUUUUUUUAAAGCCAAAAUAGUUCCACACAACCGACAUACCGCUCCUCUUUAACACUAAAGUUUCCGCAGUGCCAGCUUCUGAGCCUGAGGCCAUUAUACGACAAGUGUAGCAUGUCAAGUUGUUGCUCCCUGUUUUAGCCGACUGCUGUACUCUCGAGUCUACCAGAGUGUAAUUGCAGCCUUUGCGGUUAGAAAAUUGUUUUAUUUUAUCGUGAUAUAAUCGCAAAUGCAAUUAAUUGUUCAGCCCUAUCUCAUACUGUGAGAAACAAGAUUCUCUGGUCUGAUGAAACCUAUUUGUCCUCAAUUCUUAGUGUCAUGUUUGGAGGAAACCAGGCACCACUCAUCACCUGCUCAAUACCGUGCCAACAGUAAAGCACGGUGGUGGCACUGGUCAGGGUUGAGGGAAAACUGAAUGUAGCAAAGUACAAACAUCCUUAAUGAAAACCUGGUCCAUAGCACUCAGGCAAAAACUAAGAAUUGAAAUGAUUUUAGAUUGAGGCUGCGACAUAAAAGGUGAAAAAGAAGAGCAGGUCUGAACACUUUCUGAAUGUAGGACUUUUAAUACUAAUGUCAUAUAUAGGGAGUGUUUGGCCAUUUUGGCUUCAUAAUCACUAGAUAAAGGUUUUUCUGUUUGGCAGUAUAUGAUACUUGGUUUAUUGCUAAGCUACACAUGAUGUUUUUUUAAGUUGUAGUUUUCUGAAAAAUACAUCUAACUGGUUUAGCCCAACCUUCUCUAUAUAUGACACUAAUGUGCCAUUAACUGUGGUGCAUAUCCUGCUAUCUUGGAAGUCCAGAAAAUAUAACGGCUACAAUUGUGUGAAAUUACCUGUUAUUGAAUUAAUAAAGGACAAAUGAACUUGC